AGGAGAGAGAGAGAGAGUUGUGGUUUAUUGAUGAAUCGAUGAGCAAAUUUCUUCCAAUUCAAAUUCUCUUUCUCUUUCUCGCAGCAGUUUUUGAUUGAGAGAGAGAGGAGGAGAAAAAAAAAAAAAGAAGGAAGAAGGAAACCAGCCUUAGGGUUACCAGUUUUCUCUUUGGUUGUUUGUUUCUCGGGAAAAAUGGUGAGGGAAUCGCCGAGAAAAUGUUCCCAUUGUGGAUUGAAUGGACAUAAUUCGCGAACAUGCAGUAAUUUUGCGAAGGGGAAUAAUAAUAAUAACUAUUGUGUCAAAUUGUUUGGAGUUAAUUUGAUGGAUAAUGGAGAUGAAUCUAUGCGGAAGAGUCUCAGCAUGGGGAAUUUGAAUAUUCACGUAUGUAAUCACAACGCCGCUGCGGCCGGAAACAAUGUCGCCUGUUAUAAUGCCGCCGUCGGUGACGAGGGUGGCUAUCUUUCCGAUGGCCUGAUUCAUAACAAGAAACGCAAAGCCGCUCUUGAGAGGAAGAAAGGAAAGCCAUGGACUGAGGAGGAACAUAGAACCUUUUUGGCUGGUUUGAAGAAGCUGGGGAAAGGGGAUUGGAGAGGAAUUUCAAAGAACUUUGUGACCACACGAACACCAACGCAAGUAGCUAGUCAUGCCCAAAAGUACUUUUUGAGGAAGAUGAAUGCAAACGAUAAGAAGAAACGCAGAGCCAGUCUUUUCGACAUCCCGGAAAUCAAAAACAAUGUUUCUCAAGAAUGCCAAGCUUCAUCAUCUUCAAUGAGGGCUAAUGGAGAAACGUCACAAAUUCUGCUGCCAAAGAACAGUUCUGAGAAUCAACAACAGGUCAGUAAUUUACCAACACAGCUUAUCAAUCGAUUCCCUCAUCUUUGUUUGGAUACUCCUCAUUUCGUGCCUUCAACAACUGGAUCACCAGCCUCUGGUGUUGCAAAUUUGCAUGGGAUUCCUUAUGUGGUGGGAGUUUCCCCUAAUAAUGUUCCAAUAAUCCCUUUGGUGAACCUGGGAAGAAGAUCAUCAGCUGUUAUGGCAAUGCCGAAGAGCCCAAUAAGGACAAGUAGUCCGAAUGCAGCAGCGUUGGUAGCCCAUCCAUCUGGUAUUCCUCCUUCUCCAAGGUCUUCCCCUCAAAGACCCUUGAUGAUGCAGUUGCAGGCGUCUGCCAUGGCAGCCUCUUUUGAGACAGAUGCUCUAGAGCUCAAGAUUGGACUGCCCCAAUCUCCACAGGCUAAGAACUUGUCUUCUCAAACUUCUGGAGCCAUUAGAGUUAUAUGAACCAACAAGAAAAAAACAAAAAUUAAAAAUUAAAAAGAAAUGUGAAAUUUAUCUUCUAUAAGAAGGUUAAUUAGAGUAAGAAAAAGUGUUAAUUUUUUGAAUGAGAUGUUUGUUUUUGGCCUCCUCUCUAUGCAUGUAAUAGGUAAUAAUUGAUUUGUAAACCAUAUUCAAUUCAAUUUGAUAU